AUGAUGAUGCGCAGCGAACAGCCCACUGCAAGUCGGCAAUUAACCUUGGCUGGACAAAGAGUUGGCGGCGGUAGAACGACCUACAGCAGCAGCGGUUCGAGUUAUGGAUUUUAUUUUAUCAGUCAGCUGGCAGUCAGCUACCAGCAACGGUUACACAGGAAAUAA